GCGAACUAUUUCUGCUCUGCGUCAUUUUUCGUCGACGAUUUUCCGUCGGCAUGUAAACAGGAAGCAGCGGCGUGUAACUGUGCAAGACUAAAGGUGACCAUGGGAAAGAGCUGUAAGGUCGUAGUGUGUGGACUCGCAUCUGUUGGAAAGACGGCGAUACUUGAACAGUUACUGUAUGCCAAUCAUGUUGCUGGUUCAGAGCCCCUGGAGACACUAGAGGACAUUUACAUCGGCUCGGUGGAGACUGACCGCGGCACCCGUGAGCAGUUGCGUUUCUAUGACACGCGAGGUCUGCGCGACGGAGCAGAGUUCCCUCGCCAUUACUUCAGUUUCGCAGACGGCUUUGUGCUCGUCUACAGCAUCGACAGCAAGGAGUCCUUCAAACGCAUGGAAGCACUGAAGAAAGAAAUCGACCGCUGUCGUGACAAAAAGGAGGUGACUAUAGUGGUAUUGGGGAAUAAGUUGGACCUGGCAGAGCAUAGGUUUAUGGACAGCGAGGCAGCCCAGCAGUGGGCCCGGCAGGAGAAGGUCCGACUGUGGGAGGUGUCGGUGACUGACCGGCGCACACUCAUCGAGCCCUUCGUCCACCUGGCCAGUAAAAUGACCCAGCCACAGAGUAAAUCCUCAUUUCCUCUCAGCCGCAACAAAAACAAGAGCAGCGGUUCUGUAGAUAGCUAGAGAAAGAAGGAGAGAGAGAGAUGAAGAGAGGAUGGAAGGAAAGAUGAAGAGAGGAUAGAGGGAGGGAGAGAGAUGAGGAGAUGGGGAGGAGUGGUGUCUAUUAUAACAAUACUGUGCAUGUAACAAAUGAAAGUAAAGAGGGAGGUGUUAUAACUGACAGAUGCUGUAAAAAUGUUUUAUUUUGGUUUAGUUUGUCUAUAACUGAGCACAUGUUGGCAUACUACAUUCUUCCUCUACGUAUGUGAUCUUUUCCUACGUGAUCUUGGUGUACAUGAUCCAUAUGCACGUGAUCUUUGCAUACUUGAUCCGUAUGCAUGUGAUCUUUGCAUACGUGAUCCAUAUGCACGUGAUCUUUGCAUACUUGAUCCGUAUGCAUGUGAUCUUUGCAUACGUGACCUAUACGUACGUAAUCUUUAUGUAUUUGAUCUUUACAUAUGUUAACUGCCAUUUUUUUCCAUUUGUGUGUUUGCAUAUUGCUUGUGAACCAUAUUAAUAUGUUAACAGUAACUAUAUGGUAUAAGAAUUAUACAAGCUCAACCCUAAUUCAUCAUGCAUGUACAAUAAUGUAUAAACACAUAUUUUUGAAAUACACGUUAUUAUCAGGAGAAUUCUGCUGAGAAUAUGUAAAACAGCAGUUGGCCAUUUUAGGAUUCUGUCAAUGCCAAUUUUCUGUUUCAGUAGUGAUUAAAAAUGCAACAGCUUUAAGCUAUGAAAGGAAAUCUGAGUUAUUGGUCCCUCUGACACAUUUAUGUAGGAAUUAUUUCUUAUGGUCUUAUAUCUCUGAUGUAGAUAUUAUGGUAUUAGAUAUGUUAUAAAGUUAUGCAGUUUUUAUAGUUAUUUUAGACAGUUAUUUUCUGCAAUCAUGGAAGUAAAAGAAACAAUAUAAAUAAUGUUGCUAUCACAAAUUGGACCAAUGAAAUAUUUUUUUCUCAACAGAGGAGGUUUAGGGUACCAGUGGCCGUGGUAGCUCAGUGGUUAAGGUACUCAGCUUGUAAUUGAAAGGUUGCCAGUUCAAGGCCCUCAACCCUCAAUUGCUGAAGCCACUCAGCCAUGAUUUCAAGAUGCUUUGAAUAAAAGCGUCAGCAAAAUGCCAUAAGUGUAAAUGUACCUUAACCCUAGUGAACCGAGGUGGGUUAGGGUGCAUUAACCCUAGUGAACAGAGGAGAGUUGUGGUGCCUUAACCCUAGUGAACAGAUGAGGGUUGUGGUGCCUUAACCCUAGUGAGGGUGGAAACUGAUCGAAUCGGGGGGUAUUAUAACUCAGCAGUCUGCGGGACAGUGAGCACAGCUAAGGUCCAGAGCUGCAUCUCCCAGACUUCACCACCAUGUCUGAUAUAACUGAAUCAAUUUUCUCCCCUUUAGUUACUGUACAACAGACUUGGGGUUUCCAAUGAGAUUUAUUUGGGUUUUUUAUGGUGCAGGUCUGCAGUGACCUUUCAUUUCAAAUUACACGAUUUUUUUUUUCAGAUGUGUUAUUUCAAAACCCACGUUAAUAUUUCCCAAUACUUUCUGUUACCACGAAAGUUUAUUUGAUGAUAUUUAAAGGAGUGUGGGAUGAGUGACUGACUGCUAAACGAAUGGUCAGACACAAAUGCACAGGUAGCUGGUACGUUAAGCUUCGGUCGACGUUUAUGUUUACUCUAUGAAUAUCUUUUUUUCGCUUUGACAUUUCUGAAGUAAAGCAAUAUAAAGUCUA